AUGGAUACUAGCAAGUAUAUUAUCAACAAGAAAAGAUUAAUAAAUGAUAUAUAUCAAUGUUCUGAAUAUAUUAAUAAUAAUGUUUAUCAAAUCGAGUCCAAAUCAUAUUAUAAAGAUUUAUACAAAAAAUUAUCAAAACAAUAUUCAUUAUUACUCAGUGAUAUCGGAGCAAACAAAUUAUAUUUUAAUUACCAAAAACAAACAAAUUCUAAUUCACUUUUUAAAUUAUUAAGCGACUUAAAAAGAAAAGUAGAUAGUUCCUAUGAUAUUGAAAAAGCUAAGAAAGAAUUUAAAAAUAUUACAUCACCUAGUUUUUUUAAUUUAACUGAGUAUUUUAAAGAUAUUGUAAACAAGAAUCUUUCUUCAAAAAUUUAUUACAGAUAUAAUUCUAAUUGCGAUAUCACUAAUCAUUUAUCUUUAGAACAAUUCA